GGGUGGUAGCUGACCUGGGCCGCCCGGGUCCGGGUUGAGGAUGUCUGAUUCGGACAGCGAGGAGGAGGUGGGGGACGGCUGUGACGAGCGACGGCCUACUCCGUUCUCCUUGGCUGGUUUCCUUUUUGGCAAUAUCAAUGAGCAGGGGCAGUUGGAAGGCGAGGGUCUGCUCGACCAGGAAUCAAAAAAUCAUUUGGCAGGACUUGGAGCGCUGGGUCUGGGGAGCCUCAUCACUGAGAUCACAGCUAGUGAAGAUGACUCCUCUGAGGCAGAUGGAACUCAGCUGGAUGAGGAAGGCUGGGUUAAGAGCACUGAGGAUGCUGUCGAUUAUUCUGAUAUUACUGAGGUGGCUGAAGAUGAGAGCCGCAGGUACCGACAGGCAAUGGGCAGCCUUCAGCCAGUUCAGAGAACAGAUGAUGAUGAUGAUGAUUAUGAUGCUGACUCUGAAGACAUUGAUGCCAAACUGAUGCCUCCACCACCUCCACCUCCAGUCCCAGUGAAAAAAGAGGAUGAAAAGGAUUCGCCUGCCCCUGGGUCUGAAGAUGGGGAUGGGAUUAUUCUACCCUCCAUCAUUGCUCCUUCCUCUGCUGCCUCAGAGAAGAUGGAUUUCAGCAGCAGCUCUGAUUCUGAAUCAGAGUCGGGAUCCCAGGAAGCCAGACAGGCAGAGUCCAAGGAAGGCCAACUCACUCUGCCGCUUGCGGGAAUCAUGCAGCGAGAUGCCACCAAGCAACUGCCUAGUGUAACUGCACUGUUCCCUGAGUUCCGACCUGGCAAGGUCCUGCGCUUUCUGCGUCUCUUUGGCCCUGGGAAGAACGUCCCAUCUGUCUGGCGGAGUGCCCGAAGGAAGCGUAAAAAGAAGCAUCGGGAGUUAACUCAAGAGGUGCAAAUCCAGGAGGGAGAAGCCACAGCUGAAGCAGGUGUGGAAGGCAAAUCUCCCUGGGAAUAUGAGUUUGCUCCACCUCCCCCCCCGGAACAGUGCCUUUCAGAUGAUGAGAUCACCAUGAUGGCACCUGUGGAGUCCAAGUUCUCUCAGUCUACUGGAGAUGCAGAUAAAGUUGCAGAUACCAGGCCGAAGGUGGCUGAAUGGCGCUAUGGGCCUGCCCAGCUCUGGUAUGACAUGUUGGGAAUCCCUGAAGAUGGCAGUGAGACUACUGUUUCUUUCUCUCUUUCUACAAGUAGGAGGACGAGUUUCUGAAACCUUCAAGGUGGUGGCAUUCUGCCUUUGCAGGUUAUUGAGGCUGAGAAGGAUGAACUGCUGGCGGAUGAGCACUUCCUCAUGGUUACCCAGCUGCAGUGGGAAGAUGAUGUAAUCUGGAAUGGAGAGGACAUCAAGCACAAGGGGACCAAAACGCAGCGAGCGAGUCUGGCUGGUUGGCUGCCCUCCAGCAUGACCAGGAAUGCAACUGCCUACAAUGCCCAGCAAGGGCUGAACCGCAGUGGCUCCCUGCUCAACUUGCCCGUUCCUCUGGUCCAGAAGCCCAGUGUGGCAGCAGUCUUGGGCAUUGCCAAGGGCAAAGAGAAGCAGCUCCCUGAACAGCAAGCAUCCUUAGAUGAUGAUAAGCCAUGGUUCUCCAUCUUCCCCAUUGAUAAUGAAGAGCUGGUCUAUGGUCGUUGGGAGGACAACAUUAUCUGGGAUGAUGAGGCAAUGGAGACAGUCUUGGUACCGCCGGUUCUGACCCUUGACCCCAAUGAUGAAAAUAUUAUCCUGGAAAUUCCUGAUGAGAAAGAAGAGAUGACCUUGAACUCUCCUUCCAAGGAGAACAAGAAAGAAUCUUCUCUGAAGAAGAGUCGGAUCCUUUUGGGCAAAACAGGAGUAAUUAAGGAAGAGCCUCAACAGAAUAUGUCUCAGCCAGAGGUGAAGGACCCAUGGAAUCUCUCCAACGAUGAAUUUUACUAUCCAAAGCAGCAGGGACUUCGAGGAACCUUUGGAGGCAACAUUAUCCAGCACUCCAUCCCUGCAGUAGAGCUGCGCCAGCCCUUCUUUCCCACCCACAUGGGCCCAAUGAAGUUGCGCCAGUUCCAUCGUCCUCCCUUAAAGAAAUAUUCCUUCGGAGCCUUGUCCCAGCCUGGUGCCCACUCGGUUCAGCCGCUACUGAAGCACAUCAAGAAGAAAGCCAAGAUGAGAGAACAGGAGCGGCAGGCAUCUGGAGGUGGGGAGAUGUUCUUCAUGCGCACCCCCCAGGACCUCACUGGCAAGGAUGGGGACCUCAUCCUGGCAGAGUACAGUGAGGAGAAUGCUCCCCUGAUGAUGCAGGUGGGGAUGGCAACCAAGAUCAAGAACUACUACAAACGGAAGCCAGGCAAGGAUCCUGGGGCCCCAGACUGUAAAUAUGGGGAGACCGUGUAUUGCCAUACCUCUCCCUUUUUAGGCUCUCUCCACCCAGGCCAGCUGCUUCAGGCAUUUGAAAACAAUCUCUUCAGGGCACCAAUCUAUCUGCACAAGAUGCCUGAAACAGACUUCCUAAUUAUCCGGACACGGCAAGGAUACUACAUCCGGGAGCUGGUGGAUAUCUUUGUGGUUGGCCAGGAGUGCUGUCUCUUUGAAGUUCCUGGUCCCAACUCCAAACGAGCCAAUACUCAUAUUCGAGACUUCUUUUUUUUGGGGGGGGGGGGGAUUACACAAGUCUUCAUCUAUCGCUUGUUCUGGAAGAGCAGGGACCGACCCCGGAGGAUUCGCAUGGAGGACAUCAAGAAAGCCUUUCCGUCCCACUCAGAGAGCAGUAUUCGGAAGCGGCUGAAGCUCUGUGCAGACUUCAAGCGCACAGGAAUGGAUUCCAACUGGUGGGUCCUGAAGCCAGAUUUCCGAUUGCCGACUGAAGAGGAGAUUCGAGCGAUGGUGUCACCGGAGCAGUGUUGUGCCUAUUAUAGCAUGAUCUCAGCAGAGCAGCGCUUGAAGGAUGCAGGCUAUGGGGAGAAAUCCUUUUUUGCUCCCGAAGAAGAAAAUGAGGAAGAUUUCCAGAUGAAGAUCGAUGAUGAGGUGCGCACAGCCCCUUGGAACACCACUCGGGCCUUCAUAGCAGCAAUGAAGGGUAAAUGUCUCCUGGAAGUGACUGGAGUGGCAGAUCCCACUGGUUGUGGAGAAGGAUUCUCCUAUGUAAAGAUCCCCAACAAGCCAACACAACAGAAGGAUGACAAGGAGCCACAACCCGUUAAGAAGACGGUGACCGGAACGGAUGCUGAUCUCCGGCGCCUGUCUCUCAAAAAUGCAAAACAGCUUCUUCGCAAGUUUGGAGUACCUGAAGAGGAGAUUAAGAAACUUUCCCGCUGGGAGGUGAUUGAUGUUGUCCGCACGAUGUCCACAGAACAGGCUCGCUCAGGUGAGGGGCCUAUGAGCAAAUUUGCCCGUGGGUCUCGCUUCUCUGUGGCAGAACACCAGGAGAGGUACAAAGAAGAGUGCCAGCGCAUCUUUGACUUGCAAAACAAGGUUCUGGAAUCAACUGAGAUCUUAUCCACUGACACGGACAGCAGCUCUGCCGAGGAUAGUGACUUUGAGGAGAUGGGGAAGAAUAUAGAAAACAUGCUUCAGAACAAGAAAACCAGCUCCCAACUGUCCCGUGAGAGGGAGGAGCAAGAGAGGAAGGAGCUGCAGAGGAUGCUUCUUGGGGAAGACAGUGGCAACGACAAGGAAAGGACCAAGAAAGACAGGCGGGACAAGAAAGGACUGUCCUCUACUCCCAGCAAUCUGGGAGGCUCUCAUAAAGAUGAUGACACAGCCUCAGUGACCAGCCUCAACUCCUCCGCCACCGGCCGGCGUCUAAAAAUCUACCGCACGUUUCGUGAUGAGGAUGGGAAGGAAUAUGUAAGAUGCGAGACAGUCCGCAAGCCCUCAGUCAUUGAUGCAUACAGCAGGAUACGGACCACGAAAGAUGAAGAGUUCAUCCGGAAGUUUGCCCUUUUUGAUGAACAGCAUCGGGAAGAGAUGCGGAAGGAGAGGCGCCGGAUCCAGGAGCAGCUCAGGCGGCUCAAACGAAACCAAGAGAAGGAAAAGCUGAAGGGUCCUCCUGAAAAAAAGCCCAAGAAAAUGAAGGAACGACCAGAUUUGAAGUUAAAAUGUGGUGCUUGUGGUGCCAUUGGGCAUAUGAGAACCAACAAAUUCUGCCCUCUUUACUACCAAACCAAUGCUCCACCAUCCAAUCCUGUGGCUAUGACAGAGGAGCAGGAAGAGGAGCUGGAGAAGACUGUCAUUCCCAAUGAUAAUGAGGAGCUGAUCAAAGUGGAAGGGACCAAGAUUGUCUUGGGGAAACAGCUGAUUGAGAGUGCGGAUGAAGUUCGCAGGAAGUCCUUGGUUCUGAAGUUUCCAAAGCAGCAGCUUCCGCCAAAGAAGAAACGGCGAGUUGGAACCACUGUUCACUGUGACUACUUAAAUCGGCCUCACAAAUCCAUCCACCGGCGGCGCACGGAUCCCAUGGUGACACUGUCUUCUGUCCUGGAAGGCAUUAUCAAUGAUAUGCGAGAUCACCCAAAUACUUACCCCUUCCACCAACCUGUUAAUGGGAAGGUUGUCAAAGAUUAUUACAAGAUCAUCACAAAACCAAUGGACCUGCAGACAUUGCGGGAGAAUGUCCGCAAACGCCUCUACCCAUCCCGUGAGGAGUUCCGAGAACACGUGGAGCUGAUUGUGAAGAACAGCGCGACAUACAAUGGGCCAAAGCACUCUCUGACUCAGAUCUCUCAGUCGAUGCUGGACCUCUGUGAUCAAAGGCUGAAAGAGAAGGAAGAUAAACUGGCUCGUUUAGAGAAGGCAAUUAACCCCCUUCUGGAUGAUGAUGACCAAGUGGCCUUUUCCUUUAUUCUGGACAACAUUGUCACCCAGAAGAUGAUGGCUGUUCCUGAUUCUUGGCCCUUUCAUCAUCCCGUUAACAAAAAAUUUGUACCAGAUUACCACAAAGUCAUCAUCAGCCCAAUGGAUCUGGAGACAAUUCGCAAGAAUAUCUCUAAGCACAAAUAUCAGAGCCGUGAAACCUUUCUGGAUGAUGUGAACCUGAUCCUUACCAACAGUAUCAAAUACAAUGGGCCUGACAGCCAAUACACAAAAACAGCUCAAGAAAUAGUAAAUAUCUGUUACCAGACCCUGGCAGAGUAUGAUGAGCAUUUGACACAGCUUGAGAGGGAUAUCUCUACUGCAAAGGAAGCGGCGUUGGAGGAGGCGGAUCUGGAAAGCCUUGACCCCAUGACACCAGGACCCUAUACACCUCAGCCACCAGAUCUGUAUGACACCAAUACCUCUCUCAGCAUGUCCCGUGAUGCCUCGGUCUAUCAAGAUGAGAGCAAUUUGUCUGCUAUGGACACUCCCACUACCACCCCUGAGAAGCGGGGAAUACAGAUGCGGCAGGGCCGAGGUAGGCUGGGCGAGGAAGACUCUGACGUAGAUAUUGAAGGGUUUGAUGAGGAUGAGGAUGGGAAACCUAAGACUCCAGCCCCAGAAGUGGAAGAUGGAGAUGGAGACCUUGCAGAUGAAGAAGAAGGUUCAGCACAGCAGCCACAAGCCAGUGUACUUUAUGAAGACCUGCUCAUGUCAGAUGGAGAGGAUGAUGAUGGCAGUGAUGAAGAAGGCGAUAACCCUUUUUCAUCUAUUCAGCUUAGUGAAAGUGGGAGUGAUUCAGAUGUGGAAUCCAGUGCAAUGAGACCUAAGCAGCCUCAUGUCCUUCAAGAGAAUACGCGGAUGGGCAUGGAUAAUGAAGAGAGUAUGAUGUCCUAUGAGGGAGCAGGAGGAGAGACUUCACAUGCUAUGGAGGAUAGCAAUGCAAGUUAUGGCAGUUAUGAGGAACCAGAUCCAAAGUCUAAUACCCGUGAUACCAGUUUCAGCAGCAUUGGGGGUUAUGAGAUCUCUGAAGAGGAGGAGGAGGAGGAGGAAGAACAGCGGUGUGGUCCAAGUGUAUUGAGUCAAGUGCAUCUUUCAGAGGAUGAGGAAGAUAGUGAGGACUUCCAUUCCAUUGCAGGAGACAGUGAUUUGGAUUCAGACGAAUAAGCUCAUCAGUGGAUCAAGUGAAGUCCGCAGCCCAUUUUAGGAGUUAAAUUUUCCCAUUCAGGACAGCCAGUGCUGCUAAGAGACUUCUUGUUCAUUUUUGUGUGCACAUGUAUUACAAGUG